AUUUUGGAAAUCCAUCAAUAACUAGCUGCUGUUGAUGUUUUGUUCUGUCUGGGUGGAGAUCUGAGGCAUCAGACCUCUUUAACCAUAAAAGGCUGCUUUGAAAAGAUGAUAAAUAAGGAGAGCCAAAGCUGAAAUACCCCAAAUUCCAGACAGAGGCCGGUAUGUGAGAACAUCCAAACUAUUUCAUCCAACUUUAGGAUUAAUAGAUGGCAUGUUUGUAGCUGUGGGGGUUGAGUCUUCUUCAAGUGGAGCAUAAAACUGGAUGUCCCAACCCCCUUAUAAGGCUCUUCCCCAGUGAGAGCAGUGGGAGGGGGAUAAGAGGCUGAGCGACCAGGAUAUUCUCACAGGAUGUGAUGGCUGGACGGCAGCCGAAGACGCUGCGAUGUGGAGGGAAGAGUCAGCUGAUAGAAAGGUUUUCACUCGUGGCACUGCUAUCGAUCGGCGAGUGGGUGUGUGGGGAUGUGAAAUCAACAUGGUCAGGAGGCUCCACGAAGAUUAGUCAUCAGCUGAAAGUGAGCACCAUGGCUGCCUUCCAGCUGCUCUUCCUGCUGUUGGUCGGCUGCACGGCGGCGUCCGCACGUCCUCCACGACACCUCCCUCCAUGCCAAGUUGUCCAGAUGGAUGUUUUCUGCAGCGAUCUGAGCCUCAGAAGCGCACCGCUCAACCUUCCACAAGGCGUCCAAAUGCUGGACCUUUCCCGAAACCAGGUGCAAAACCUCACCCAGGAAACUCUGGCGUACCACACCGGCCUUCAUCAUCUGAACCUCCACUCUAACAAGAUCCAUUUCAUCCAGCCAGGACUCUUCAAAGACAUGAUGGACCUAAGAGUCCUGGAUCUGUCCAGGAAUCACCUGAAUGUUUUUGCACAUUCCAAAGUAAACAUUGGACCUCUUACAGCUGUGGAGUCACUGGAUCUCUCAAGCAACGGGCUGUACACGGGGAUGUCAGACUUCUUCCUUGCUGAAUCACCGUCGCUGACAAACCUUUCCCUGGACAGCAACAGCAUCACCAAAAUAGCACAAAACACCUUCAGUGGAUCCAUGUCCUUGAGGAAAAUCAGCCUCCACAACAACGUCAUCUUGGAGAUCGAAGAUGGAGCUUUCGACUCCUUAGAUCAUCUAGCUGAACUUGAUUUGUCCAAGAACUCGAUCACAUGCAUCACAGACUUCAACCUCUACAACUUAGAGGUGCUCAAUCUCAGCAAGAACAGCAUGGAGCUUUUCCACAGUGCACAGUCAUCGUCCAAUUUCUACAAACUCAUCUCUCUUGAUCUGAGUGAAAACAAAAUGCUCUACUUUCCUCUUCUUCCAGGGAACAACGUGCUCGAAUAUUUGGAUGUUUCACGAAACCAUCUCCAGAGUGUCAACGUCACAGGAAGCCCGGAAAAACAGGCAAACUUGAUUUUUAAUCAGCUCAGAUACCUGGACAUGAGCUACAACCACCUCAAAAGCAUACCAGAGUGUUUCUUUUACUGCAUGGGAUCACUCGAGGUCCUGAAUGUGAGCAAUAACUGUAUCAGCUCCUUUUCUGUCAGCAAUGAAGGCCUCCUCCAGAGAGUAAAGAUCAUCAAUCUCAGCAAUAACGCACUGAAAAGUUUGACUUUUGGUGAAAACACUUUGCAGUCACUGGAGCAGCUCUUCUUACAAGGAAAUGACCUCACAACAUUGGAUCAUCAAAUAUUUCAAAGACUCCCCAGUAUCACACACCUGCAACUCCAGCAGAACAAUGUUAAAAUCUGCGAGCAAAACCAACAUGUACUAAAAGACACAACCCACCAGGAUUCUCCUGACUGUGUGUCCUUUUCUUCUAUUCAAAAUUUGCAGUAUCUGUACCUCUCUGAAAACAAUCUGAGGGCUUUGCCUGCAAAUGCAUUCAUGGACACCCCUCUGAAGUUACUGGAUGUGUCCCUGAAUCCAGGUUUGGACAUCGACAAAGACUCCCUGUUUGGUCUGGAGCAUUCGCUGGUUCACCUCCUCCUUCGGGAAAACAACAUUUCCAGUCUAAACACAGAUUUGUCUUCCCUGACGAACCUCAAACACGUCGAUCUGUCCACCAACCAGCUAACCACACUGCCCAUGUGGAAGAAGGAGUCCUCCAUCGAGUCCCUAAACCUGCAGAACAACAACCUGGUCACGCUGGAGUACAGCACCAUGAUCACUCUGGAGCACUCACUGAAAACCCUCUACAUGGGCUCCAACCCUCUGAGCUGCUGCAGCAACCUCGGCUUCCUCCACAUGGUGCAGCACUCGGCAGUGGUCGUCCCCGACAUCGAGACUGUGACCUGCGUUUAUGAGGAAUAUUCAGAGCCAGUCAACAUUGGGAAGGUGACGCAGGAAAUGUGUCAAGGACCGGACAUCCCCAACUACGUCAUUGUUGUUGUCGUGACAUUGUUAGUUGUGAUGAUCGUGUUGGUGCUGCUGGUUAAAUGUUGCCACUUGAGGAAACGAAAACACAACAGAAGCUUCAGUGCGUAAUGAAGGCUAUGACAAAAUUUUUGUCUUCAAUUUCUGUACAUGAAACAUUUUAAAAAGUGAAUGUAGCGUCUGUGGUGCCACCCAAAGUCUUCCGAAGGGCAACUUUAAAGCCUUGACUUGGGUUUACCGCUACGAAAAGCAACCACUGACAAGCAAACACGUGCCGUAAUAUCUCUGACAUGAAGAAAAAUGGAUAAACUAUCAAAACCAGAACUUCCUGCGGAAAAUAUUCACCUUGAACUUUUGAAGACCGUAUAAAUUGGCUUGCAGCAUCUGGUUGCCAUUUGAGGAACUGCAACUUUAGACUCUUGUGGUGUGCUCAGACAGAACGAGAGGUGAGACUGCAUGAAAGGCCGGUUUUAAAAAACAAACGAGUGCAAUGUUAAUUUGCUGGAGGUGGUGUAAUUUGAAGCAAGUGAGCAUACGCUUUUCAAAACUUGUGCGAAAAAUGUGUGCUUUAUCUUCAGCUUCAUGACGCUACAUAAGAGACGGGAAGAAAAAGGAUGAAGAGCAAACGGAAAUAACAAAUACUCAUCUGUAGAGGUCGUGCGUUGGAUGUUGAAGGCAAAUAAAGGGACCAGUUUGCUCAAAUUUCUGUCUAAACACACUUUCAUGGCUAAAGGUGCCGAGUUUUUUGCAUGCUUUUAGUAGUGAACCACAUGCUGCACAUCAGUUUAUUGAAUGUUUAUUGAAUGUAAAAUGAAGAAUCCACACUAAAACACUUCCACAUGACAGCAACACAAACAGAACUGACUAAAAUGGAGCAAUAAAAUGCAGUAAAGUGAAUGUUUUACAUGUUGGAAAAUAGACUUCUACUUAACAGUAACAUGGAAAAACUGACACCAGUCUCACGUCUGUAUGAUAAAUAUGAACUUAAAAUAAGCAGCCACGUAGCUUAACUUAGCACAAGCACCGGAAACAAGGGGAUAGUUACCUAGCAGCAACUUUAAAGCUCACUUUCUAAUGUUGUAACUCACAUGCAAUACUUAAAUGUAAAUAUAGCAUUGUGUUGUUUCAAAGUUUUUAGUAUUUUAGUGAGCUUUAGUGAUGCUGCUAGUUAGAUUAGCUUUGAACAGACAUGGUUAGGCCAGCUACUUUCAGUCUUUGGUACGUUCCAUUUGAACUUAAAAGGUAACUUCGGUUUUUUUCAACCUGGGGUCUGUUUUCAUAUGUCAUUUCAUACAUGUGAGUGAUGGAGAAA